AUGGAAGCCCAUGCUUUAGUUGCAAGGUUAGCCGAGAAACAGUUACAGUUCCCUUUCAUGGCCUUACUUGUCUCAGGUGGCCAUAAUCUUAUUAUCCUAGCCCUUGAUCUUGGUAACUAUAUACAACUCGGGACAACAAUAGAUGAUGCGAUUGGUGAGGCAUAUGACAAGACGGCAAAAUGGCUUGGUCUCGACAUGAGGAAGAGUGGGGGUCCUGCUGUAGAGGAGCUGGCUCGUGAGGGUGAUGAAAAAUCUAUCAUUUUCAAGGUCCCCAUGAAACAGCAUAAAGACUGCAAUUUCUCGUACGCAGGUCUCAAGACCCAAGUGAGGCUGGCUAUAGAAUCCAAAAACAUUGAUGCUUCAAUUCCCAUUGCCUCAGCGAAUAGUGAAGACAGAAAAGCUCGGGCUGAUAUUGCUGCCUCUUUCCAGAGAAUUGCGGUGUUGCAUCUUGAGGACAAAUGUGAACGAGCAAUUGAAUGGGCGUUGAAUAUGGAGCCUUCUAUAAAGUAUUUGGUUGUCUCUGGAGGUGUUGCCUCCAAUCAGUAUGUGAGGUAUCGACUUAAUCAGAUAGUUGAAAAGAAAGGCCUUCGUCUCAUUUGUCCUCCCCCAAGCCUUUGUACUGACAAUGGUGUAAUGAUUGCUUGGACUGGAAUCGAGCAUUUUCGUGUGGGAAGAUAUGAUCCACCGCCACCCGCAUGCGAACCUGAUGAUGCCCAGCUUGAUCUUCGACCGAGAUGGCCGUUGGGCCAGGUGUUCGCGCAAGGAAAGAGUGAGGCCCGUUCGUUGAAGACGGCACGUGUCCAUCCAUCGCUUACUUCUAUAAUUCAAGCGUCGGCUAAACAACAAUCUUCAUUAUAG